AUGUCGGUCCACGACGACGGCUCAGACGGCUCAGACGGCUCCGACGACGCCGCCCUCAUGGCCGAGACCAUGGGCUUCGCCGGCUUCGGCGCCCAGACGCGCCCGUCCAAGAAGCGCCGCAUGAACGACGCCUUCGUCGAGCGGCCGCAGGGCUCCGCCGCCAACGGCACGCCGCUGGGCGCCCGGCGACCAGCCCAGCCGCAGCCGCAGCCGCAGCCGCAGAGCGCGGAGCUGCCCCUCCACCAGGCCGCCGCCGCUGUCGCCGCUGCUAUUGCUAUUGCUGCUCCUUCCACCAACGACGACGAGAUCGACCUCGACGAUGACGAUGACGACGACGACAACGACGAGGGCGGCGGCGGCGGCGCACCCGCCGCAGUGGCCACCCCUCCUGCUGGCCUCCCGCCGCGCCCGCCCGCUGGCGGCGGUGGCGACGGACCCACUUCGGGGCCCCACAGCCAGCAACAACAACAACACCACCAGCACCACGGCAGGGGCGGCGGCGGCAGCGGCCGACACGGCGACCCGUCCGCCUCGGGCCGGCAGUGGUGGCUCGACUACUACGACCAGAGGUUCAACGAGAACCCGUGGGCGCGCCUCGAGAAGUCGCUCGGCCUGGAGCCGAGAGGCUCUUGGCCCCCGCCCCGCGGUCACGUUUAUUGA